GGCCGAGUUGCUCCCAGCCUAGGCCUGUGUCCACCCCUACGAGGUUCCAGCUCCCAAUUGAGGAGGUGCUGCAUAAAGACAUCAGCUGGGCGUGUCGUUCGAAGAUGGUGCAGAUUGCGAUGUUUACCCAUGUUCACAUCCAUCCUCCUCUCCCUCCCAGCCCAUCACCACCAGUUUAUUUCUCGUAUAGGACUCUCAAAUUCGAAACAGCGGCAGCAACAAUUGCGAAAACGAGGAAAACAGAAGCAGCGACGCAUGGUGCUAUCACUCCUCCUGCUUCCGUUUGUGGGUCGUUUAAUCAAGCAGCUGAUGGGCAAUUAGUACCCGAAAGCGAUGCGAAGAAGACAGGCAAAAAGAGGGUGUUCUUCUUGGACGUUAAUCCUCUCUGCUAUGCGGGAAGCACGCCUAGCUUACGUUCUUUUGGUCGUUGGGUCUCUAUUUUCUUCUCUCAAGUCAGUCUUAGCGACCCUGUCAUUGCCGUUCUUGAUGGGGAAGGGGGCAGCGAGCAUCGCAGACAGCUAUUACCUUCCUAUAAAGCACACAGGAGGAAAUUUGUAAGACCAUUUCCAGCUUCACAAAGAUUUUCAAGGGGCCAUGUUGGAAGGUCGCAUGGAAUCAUCACUGAUGUACUUGGAAAAUGCAAUGUUCCAGUCAUAAAAAUUAAAGGCCAUGAAGCAGAUGAUGUUGUAGCUACACUCGCUGGACAAGUUCUACAAAAAGGCUAUCGGGUGGUAAUUGCCUCUCCUGAUAAAGACUUUAAGCAAUUGAUUUCAGAAGAUGUUCAAAUUGUUAUGCCUUUAGACGAGUUAGACCGAUGGUCCUUUUACACCAUAAAGCACUACAUUGCUCAGUAUGAUUGUGAGCCACGCUGUGAUUUGAGCCUUAGAUGCAUUGUGGGUGAUGAGGUUGAUGGAGUUCCUGGGAUCCAACAUAUGGCUCCUGGAUUUGGUCGAAAGACUGCCUUAAAGCUUUUAAAAAAGCAUGGCUCAUUGGAAAAUUUAUUAAAUGCUGCUGCAGUGAGAACUGUGGGUAAACGGUAUGCACAAGAAGCCCUUACAAAGUAUGCUGAUUACCUGCGAAGGAAUUAUGAGGUUCUUGCCCUUAAGAGGGAUGUUGAUAUUCAACUUAAGGAGGAGUGGUUAGUUGAGAGAGAAACACACAAUGAUUUGACCAUUCUAUCUAAUUUCUUCAAAUUGUUGGAAGAAACUCAGAAGCUCACUCAUCAAACUGGAUCUAAUUUUUCAGAUGGUUAAGACCAACUGUCUGAUGUAUCCAGAUGAAGAAUUAUUGAUAACCAAGAGCUUGAGGACCUGCAACUGGCAAUUUAAAGUUCACUGCCAUGUUCUAGCAGGGAGCUGUAGUAGUUCAAACUGCAGAGGGGAAACGUGGUAUUGAAAUUUGAUGUCCCACAUGCAGAUUCCACUGUGAGGGGAGGAAGGAAGAAACUGCUGGGCAUGGUGGUUUGCAAGUGUGGUCACUCUUGCUUGUGGAAGAAAGAAAAUAACUUAGAUUGGCUGAGGGACUCCGCCAAUUUCUGACGAUUCUAGACUGUUGGAAAUCAAGAACUGUGAAUUUGAUCAAUAUGUUAAUGUAAUACCUGCAGAUGCAGUAUUCAAUGUAUAUAUUAAACUUGGAACUUUUUCCAAAUAUGUAUGGGUGGACAAUGGCUCCA